AUGGCUGCAGACUUUAGCCGCCAGUCAGACGAACUCCCCCCUCUCAAUCGACCGCCGAGCCUUUCCAUGAAUACCACCACCAGUCCGACGACCGAGAAUGGCGGAGGCCACCUGCCCAACAGCAACAACGGCGCCGGCACGACCGGCGCACCCUCUGCUGCCGCCCCAGAGGUGUCAAAGGAGGUUCAGGAUGUCCUCGGCUCUGAUAUUGGUGUCUCGACUAUGCUGAACCGCUUGAAGCAGAGCAUAGUCUCGGCCAAAGAAUUUGCCCAGUUCCUCAAAAAGCGAGCAAUCUUGGAGGAUGAACACGCCAAGGGCAUGAGGAAAAUCUGCAAAAUGACCCAGGAUAGCAUUCACCACAUGGAUCACCGUCAGGGCAGUUUUGCUCUCGCUUACGAGGAAAUGCUCCAUCUUCACGACCGCAUGGCGGACAAUGGACAACAGUUUGCUGCCUCACUCCAUCAGAUGCACGACGAUUUGCAGGAGCUAGCCACCAUAACAGACAAGCACCGUAAAGGCUGGAAACAAAAUGGACUCGCUGCCGAACAAAGACUUGCCGAUACCGAAACAGCCAUGCGCAAGUCCAAGAGUAAAUAUGACUCGCUCGCCGAAGACUACGACCGUGUGAAGACGGGCGAAUCUAGACAAGGCGGAAAGAUGUUUGGUCUCAAAGGACCCAAGUCGGCAGCACAGCAAGAGGAGGAUCUGCUGCGAAAAGUUCAAGCCGCCGACACCGAUUACAUGGGCAAAGUACAGACCUAUCAGUCGGAAAAGGCACAGAUGAUAUCAACUACAAGACCGGAAGCGAUCAAAGCCUUGCAAGAUCUCAUACGGGAAUGCGACACGGCCACAACGCUGCAAAUGCAGAAAUUCGCUUCCUUCAACGAGAAGCUUCUGCUUAGCAAUGGCCUGGUCAUUAGUCCUCUUAGGAACCAGCAAGCCAGCCAGUCGCGCAGCCUCAAAGAGGUCAUACAGGCUGUAGACAACAGCAAAGAUCUCGAGGAUUACAUUACCAGCUUCUAUAGCAAGCUACCACCUAGACAGUCGGAGCCCAAAUACGAGCGACAUCCAGUGCUGAAUCCGCAGACCACCAUGUCCAUGGCCAGUAUGACACAAAUGCACCAGCAGCAGAAUCCGCCACCGCAAUCUCAACCUCCACCUCCGCAACCACUACCGCAACCGCCAAUCUCACAGCCUUCAGUAACUUCUCCUAUAGGACAAGGCAGCCAGGGUUUCGGACCUCAAUCUUCAAUGGGCCCCCCUUCAAUGGGAGCACCUCAAUUAUCAGGUCCGCCCCCAGGACACGAGAGAAGCUUUAGUCACGGGGCUCUCCUGAGUCACCCUAGCCUAAGCUCCCAACACCAGCCGCAGCACUCGCAGCAGCCACCGCAGAGUCACAGAAAUUCGACGCAGGCUCUACCAAGCUCACAUCAGAGAUUUGGCAAUGGUGGCUCAAUCAGCCAAGCUCCGCCUCAGCUGGGAGCUUUGCCGUUCCAGAGCAGUCAGAACCGAAGUCCGUCACCACCGACACAGACUGGGCCUUACCAGCAACCACUGUCCGUGCGAUCCGUAUCGCCGCCUAGCACUGUGGGAGGCCCUGUAGCCGGCCCACCGCUCGGUGGAAGGUCUAAGCAGGUCUUUGGCGUGACACUGAAUAACCUCUACGAGCGCGAUGGCACAGCGGUCGCCAUGGUUGUACAUCAGUGUAUUCAGGCUGUGGAUCUCUACGGUCUCGCCCUUGAGGGCAUUUACAGGCUGUCGGGGUCGGCAACUCACAUUCAGAAGCUAAAGGGCAUGUUCGACACUGAUUCGAGUUCACACAAUCUCGAUUUCCGUAACCCGGAGAACUUCUUCCACGACGUGAAUAGUGUCGCUGGAUUGUUGAAGCAGUUCUUCCGAGACUUGCCUGACCCUCUGCUAACAUCUGCGCGCUAUUCUGACUUCAUCGAAGCUGCCAAGCAGGAGGAUGACAUUGUCCGGCGCGACAGCAUGCAUGCGAUCAUCAACGAACUCCCUGAUCCCAACUACGCGACCCUACGUGCACUCACCUUGCAUCUACAUCGGGUGAUGGAGAACUCGGCCGUGAACCGUAUGAACUCACAGAACCUCGCCAUUGUCUUUGGGCCAACGCUCAUGGGCACUGCCACCAGCGGUAAUAUUGCAGAUUCUGGCUGGCAAGUAAGGGUUGUCGAUACGAUACUGCAAAACACGUACCAGAUUUUCGACGAAGACUAG